GCUUGUCUGGGGGCCAGUGAGAAGCGAGCAGUCCACGAGGCGAGGGCGACAGGAGCCAAGCAAAGCGGAGUUAGCCAGCACGCGUGAGCAGCAGCCGCGGCAUGCCAUCGCGAGCCCAUUGCCAUUAGUGGCAGUCAAAGCAUAUUUCUCGGUUUCGUGAUCCAGGUAGAAGUUCUCGGACCGGCAUCAGCAGCAGCAGCAGCCGCAUCUCGUAGACCAGGAGGAAGGAACAGCGACAGACUUGCAGCAGCACCAGCAGCAGCAGUGCCGUAGAGAUCCUCGAAGCGAACGAAAGCAUAGCGGAGCAGAGGAGUGGAGUGGAGUGGAGUAGAGAGGAGACGAGACGAGAGGCAAGGCAAAGACAAGGCAGGGGGCAGCGCAGGGCACGGCAGAGGGGGAGAGGGAGAGGGGAGGGAGGGGGGGAGAGAUAGAUAGAUAGAGAGAGAGAGAGUGAGUGAGAUAGUGACUGGACCGCGUGACGGAGCAGGCGAAGACGCACGCGCGCACUCUGGCAGGAUUUCAACAAGAGGAGUGGGGGGGCUUGGGUUUGGGCUUGGGCUGAAGCGUCGCAGCAGUAGCCAGUGUCUCCGUCGUUCCCGCCUCGCCUUGCCUGACUUCGUAUCGAACAGAAACACUUUCCUGAGCGAUUCCGGUGUAUGAUAGGAUCUGGUCAUUCGUCAUCAGGCAGCAUGCUUCAUCUCAUUUCCAUAGGUUUCUUCUCCUUGCCAUGCCUGCCUGCUUUUUCAUCAAUGGCGUGUGUGGCAGUGAGCGAUUGCAGCUUCGUCCGUUGAAAAUCUCUUGACUGCCGGCCAUUGUUCCUGUAUGCCAGCGGCCGAGGAUUGAAUUGAUGUGGUGAGGAUUGACGAUUGUGGACAAGUGCGAGUGCCAAAAUGAGACGGUUUCAAAAUCCAUCUGAAGGGUUUCGGUGUGAAACGUAGGCUAGGCACGAGAGGAGACCUCUGCGGUCAACCCUCGAAUGGGAACCUACAUGCAUUUAAUCUCAGAUGGUGCAUCCCACUACUGUGAGAAGGCAAGAUGGGCUCUGGACAGGGCAGCAGUUGUUUACCGGGAAUCCAAACACGUUGUCUUGUUACACAUGUUCUUCACCAGGGGGCUUGGUGCUGGGACAAGCUGUCCGAAGUUAGUGAUGGGUCGUCACUCAGAACAAGUGGUGCUCCAAGAAUCCCCAGACAUUCUGCGCUUUGCAGAGAAGAACAUCAAACGAGAAGAAGAUCGUCUUUAUCCGUCAGAUCCUGAGAUGCUUAGGGCAGUGCAAGCUUGGGAGACCAAGUUUGGCAAGAAGCUAGGGCCACAUGUUCGUCGUUGGGUUUACUGCUAUUUGAUAUUUGAUAAGUGCAGCUACCGGAUGCUCACUCAAGGAACUCCAAUGUGGGAGAGGAUUGUUGCGUGGUUUUUCAUGCCAUUUUUGCGGAGAGUGGUAUAUGGUGCCCUUUACUGCAACAAACCUGAUGCGAAGGAGAAUUCUUUGAAAGUGAUCCAGGAACUCUAUCAGGAGGUCGAGGAGGCUUUAUCCGACGGUAGACCUUACCUUUGUGGUAACAGGUUCACAGCAGCAGAUUUGACUUUCGCUGCUCUUUCUGGGCCUAUUAUCUGCCCCCCAAAGUAUGGUGCAUGGACACCAGCGUUUGAAGAAGUUCCAGCAGAAAUGGCACAGAUUCAAUUAGCUCUAAGGAAAUCGCCUGCAGGCCAACAUGUUAUCAAUGUGUACGAGAAGCAGCGAUUUGUAGUUGUAGAAUAAGUGGGAUAGUACAUUGAGAACCGGGACUGAGAAUGAUGAGACAAACUGCCAUCCUGGAGCGAGUCUCACAAUCAGGUAGCUGACAAGGAUUGCGAGGCAGUGGAACUUAUCAGCAUUGAAAAUACCCGGUCGAUAAAAUCAUAGUCCAGCGUGUGAAUACUGAGUUGCAUUACUAGCUUUUAUUAUGUCUUGUCUCCAGGUAUUCUUGUCCACCCACAUGACCUGGUGGAUAAAUUUAUGUUACUACGGUGUUUCUAGGUUGUUAGAACUGGAAAUAGAGGGCGACAAAGACAUAGGGAGAACUAGCGAAAUGAAAUGGGUCCUAGACCCGCCAAGGAGUAGAAGGACAUUCUGAGCAAAGGCUUUUGACCUUAUUUGUAUUUGCGAGUUGGAAAUCCCUGGCCACCUUUGUUCUGGAAAGAGAACCCUCAAGUUCUUACCAGCAAGAGGUCUUUUGGGUUCCGUGAGAUGUUGUGUACAUUCAACCUUUUUGAAACAUUACUUCGGCCUUCCAGAAUAUAUCAACUGUUUCUCCAAGUCUAGGCUACGUCACAGCCGAAGAUCCAGAGUGAGUCACGAGGUCGUCAUGCAUACAUUCGAACUCUUAAGUGCCUGAAGUCUGCUAGCAAAUGAACACAAGCAACGCAUCGAAGUUUGCCUUGUAUACCUUUUCCCGGCCUCCAGGAGUUGUACUUGUUCUUUCGUCGAAAAAUGAACGCUAAUCCUUGUUUUGGGUAUUUAAGUUUGGUAGGUAGUUUUCGGUCAAUUUUU